AUGCAAGCAAGGCUGCCGAUAGGAGGUCUUGGUAUUUUGGGGUACGUGGUAAGGACUAGUGACUUGGGGAUUACAUUCAGGAGGGGUAGUCUAGCAGGGUUGAGCAUGGAGGAGGUGUUCGCAGACGCAGACUAUGCAAGCAAGGCUGCCGAUAGGAGGUCUGUGUCAGGAGGCUUGGUGAUGUGUGGGGAGGGUUGUAUUUCUUGGUUUUCAAGGACGCAGAAGUGCGUUACGUUGAGCACGACAGAGAGAGGCGGAGUAUGGCGUUUCAUGUUGCCAGAAGCAGGUAUGCCGUGUAUUCCGGUGUUCGAGGAUAACCAGGGGGCUAUUCAGUUGGCGCAGAACCCGAUUAGCUACAGCAACUCGAAGCACAUCGACGUAAGGCAACACUUAAUCAGGGAACUGGUAGGCAGGAAGGAGAUUUCGAUUUUUCACGUGGAAUCAGCGUAUCAACAUGCUGACUUCCUCACGAAGGCACUUCACGUCGGAGAUUUUGAGUUUCAUUGUAAUUUUGUGAUGAGUGUGGGACAGGAACGAACGGUAGAUUUGGAUUUAUUUGUGCUUGAUCAAAGAACUAGGGUGGUGGCAUUUUUUUACAUUUUUGCCUAUGGUCUUCUCAAUGAAUGGUGCUCUAGGAUGGGGGGCAAUUGGAUCGCUAUGACUAUCGAAGAACUACAACUGGACUGAUCGGAGAUGGAAAUAUAUUUCUAGCCCAGAAGGCUAUUGUUGCAGAUUUGAGUUGUGUUUGGAUUAUUUUCUUGUGUUUUGGAGUUACUGAAAGAUCACGAAGACAUGGCAUAGUCACAAGCGGGGGGCUGAUAGAUAUACUUGUAGCAAUGCCAAGUGGUUGGUGCUGGAUGUUCCCAUGGAAUGAGGUAGACCGGAAUAAUACCGGGUGAUAUGUGUGAUGUACCUCAGAAAACUUUCACUUUAUGUCUCAUACUCUACAUGAAUAUUAAACCAAUACGAAGUACAACAACAUAUGUAGGACUUAUUUCUACUGUCAUUUACAUCGUAAAAGUAUAUCCUCUUCAACUUGAAAUAAAACCAAUGACAAUCCCGAUGGUAUCCUAUAUGCGUUCGUACGCUUGCUAAAAUACUACUGCGUUGAUGUCCGCUUGUAAAAGCUGAAAUCCAACAAAUGCUUUGAUCCAUGCUACAUCUCCGUGUUGGAAAAGCCCUUUCAUCUCCGUUCAUGAUAACAUCUUACCCUAUUCUACGCAAAUCUGUCACAUCUACUCUCAAACAAGACGCCAACUUCAAACGAAAACGCGUUCUACGAUGCGUCUACACUCCAUCCCCAUAUCAUUGGCGUUGACUGGUCCGAGGUCGAUCUUGUUCGCCUGUUUUCGGCGUCUUGACGCCCGCGCAAUGCGAGCUUGUACCUCUGCACUCGCCGAGAUAUGGCCACCUGUGUAGCCACCGAAACGAUCUGAAGAAGUCGUUCCUUGAAGACUCCUUUCAGAGCCAUCGUUCCUCCGUCCCUUCCUCCCACGGCAUGUGUCGCAAGGUCAUCGAUGAACUCGUAACCCUCCUCUCCAAGGCGGCCAUAUU